AUGUCCUGCUACAACACCUGCCUGCCUUGCCGGCCUUGUGGCCCAACCCCGCUGGCCAACAGCUGCAAUGAGCCCUGUGUCCAGCAGUGCCAGGACUCCAGAGUCGUCAUCCAGCCCUCCCCCGUGGUGGUGACCCUGCCCGGACCCAUCCUCAGCUCCUUCCCACAGAACACCGCUGUGGGCAACUCCACCUCUGCUGCCGUUGGCAGCAUCCUCAGCUCCGAGGGAGUCUCCGAGGGAGUGCCCAUCAACGCUGGGGGCUUCGGCUUCUCUGGCAUCAGCGGCCUCAACUGCGGCAGGAGGUGCCUUCCCUGCUAG